UCUUCAUCGCCUGCAAUGGCGUACUACCCGCUGUAUAGAUUUGCACCAUAGGCAUUGACGCCAGACCUGUCUGUUCUCCAAAAGAGCUAGAGUUGCCCACUGCACUUUACCACCCUCUAUGCCAAGCAGGGGUCUCAGCAGUAGGCAUUGAUGGCAUAUUUUAAGGGAUUGUCCAGCUUUUAUUAACUGAUGGCCUGUCCUCAGGUUAGGCACUAGCUGGUGGGGGUCCCACACCCUGCACCCCACUUAUUAGCUGUUCAUGUGUAGCUCAAGAACUACACCGCACUGUCAACUGCGCAAUGGGGGAUCUCAUUACUACAGCGCCGUUCCCAUUGACGUCAAUAGGAGCAGCUCUGCAUUGACAAGCUCUGUCUACUGGCCAGAUUUGCAUUGGAUUUCAGCCCACGCUGUUUAAAAGAGUGACAUUUGAGGUGGAACGCCCUCAGGAAGAAUUCACCUGCUAGCCGCACCACAGACAGGAAAUCUGCAGCAUUCCUCCACACAAACAAGGCAAGGAGUUAUUCGUUCUGUCCGAGGACAUCAGCUGCGGAACCCUAGAAGAAACGAUGGAAGGACUGAUGAGAUUCAUACCAAGUCUUGAAAUUCCUCAUUGUCUCGAUGACUUACAGUACUCUUUCAAUCAGCGUGGAGAGCUGAGGCAUUUGGUUACCAAGGAACCGUUUGUCUACAAUUACUACAAAAAUGAACACGAUAGAAAUCACAAACGCUACAAAAUUCUUGGCGAUAUGAUUACACUUCAUGUAUAUGAGCUACUUGAGAAAGAAUGCAAUCUUGAACAAAUUACCAUCCCUAUUGAUGCCACCGAUGAAGAACCAAAGUCCUUCUUUUUCAUGAGUAAGCAACCGUUAAGUAAGCAGACAAACCUGGUCAUUCUGCUUCAAGAUAGUGGGGUAAUCCGAGCUGGACAAUGGAGCCAAAAAGUGAUAGUCCAUCACUCUCUAAACAGAGGAACCCAGAUCCCAUACAUUACCUCUGUCUUAAGGGACAAUAGCUCAGUAAUUGUCCUAAACCCCAAUGACAAUUUUGUGGAUAUGAAAGAAGAGCCCCAAGCUCUGUUGAAAAAAGAAGAUGAGGCCAGCUCACUUGAAACCAGGGAUGCAUCUGACUUAUUUAGAACUGAUGAGGAACUUAUUCUUUCCAAAAGAUGUAGCAGCUCCCCAGAAGAACACACCAGCUAUGUCUGGGAGCACUUUAUUUCGAAGAGUGCAGCUAGGAAUGUGUCCUUUAUUGCACACGGGUACGGUGGCUUAGUGUUUAUGGAUUUGCUUUGUAAGAAAAGCCAAGAGGUCAUGAGUAAAGUAAGUGCCGUGGCAUUCAUAGAUUCAAGGCAUCAUGCUCUUCAUCAGGCAAGAACUGACCCAGAAAUACAGACUUGGAUACGCUUGCAUUGCAGAAGCUGGGUAUUAAGUAGCAAACCUUUAGACAGACCUAGUGGCCCCUUGAGAAAACAGGACUGCAGCAAGGUAUCAGCCGGAACGGAAAAACACGAACUCGCACCUUCUUUUGCUCUUCAGUCUAUUUUACGCUUUCUUAGUAGAUCUUCAAAGAGUCGUCGAAAUUCAGUUCCACCUAUACGCACAAUGCUAACUAGAAGUUCUACAAGGAAGUCUGUGUGAAAAAAAAUUGUACAAAAAGCAUAAAAAAUACAUUUCAGUGUGUGCCUAAUACACAGCAUGUUGUGAACUACAGUACUCCAAAAAAGGUGCUGGCUGACAGCUGUAACCUGUCAUCUACGUAUUCAGUUUACAAUUUUGUCUUCUCUAUGAUGGAUUCAU